GAGCUUGGAUGAUAUAAAAAAAGCGGCUCCGUGACUCCUCUGUUUCCGGUAAAAAUACAGACAGUCACGUAUCUGGUUCCUCUUACUUCUCUCUCGAUGCAUCUUCGAUGCACGUCCACCUUCUUGCAAUACGACUCGGUUCCCACAUACUUAUCAAAACGUUCAACCAUGACAUCAUACCAGUCGUAUCAGCCGACCGCCUCGUGAAAAACGAAACUUCAUUCUCCGUCCACGUACCCCGCGGUGUAUCAAAAGCGAAUUACCGUCGAUCGCCAAUUCCCCCCGAUCCGGUGAAUACAUUCGAGUACGUCGAAUAAUUUCCGUCGAAUCGAGUCGAGGCGAGUACGCACACCACCAUCUUGGCUGCCAGAAAACUCGAUGGCACCUUAAGGAGAGAAGUCGAGGGCAAGAAGUGUCCCUUGCUUUGCCCAGGAGGCCCUACCAAGAGAUGAUUCUGCUCCCCUCUUCUCUUCCACCCGCCCCUACUACCUAUGGGCUGCUCCCUGCUCCCUGCUCCAUCAUCCGGGGGCCCUUUUCCUCCUCUCUCUUCUCCGACAACCUCGCGAUCAUCCCUCCGCCGGCGCAUCCGCUUCCCUCCAGCUCCCUUCUCCCUCCGCUCUACGGAUCCUGCCGCGGGUCCUACCAACCCGCGUAAAGCGAGUAUGUCUCUUUUCAGGUUUUCUUGAAAUUCGUUUCCGUCGAAGUAAAGGCAGAAGGGUACAGCUCUUGCGUUUUACGAGAGUGUCCAUCUCCUCCUCCUCUUUUUCCUCUUCCUCCACUGUCACCUCCUUCUUCUCUUCCUUCUCCUCGCUACCCACUUCGUCUCAACACGAAUCCAUAUGUAUGGGGUUGAGGCGUACAGUGCUCGACGCAAAUGUGCUGACUACAUUACGCCCGGCUAUAUAAGAUAGCCGGGCAACCAUCCUAUCCCCACAGACCGAGCCAGAUCGGCGGACCGUUCACAGACGGACCCACAAGGAGCUUGCGUCCUGAUCAAUCGACACGUACGAUAGCGUUGAUAUUUUUCUGGGGAAGUAAGCGAUAGAUUAUCCAAGGUUAGAGUCGAAAAAUUGUCUCGUCGAUAUUCAGGAGCAGGCGAACCAUCAAGAUCCACGUGCGUCUCGAUCCAAGAAAAAUUUAUUUCCAAAGAGAUUUUAAAUUCGGAAAAACUCAUCAUUAAGAAGCACUCUUCCGGGUCAUCGUAAGAAAGGAAAGCGAGUAUUUUUUAGUGGAGAAAUUUGUGAUUGUGUCCAAGAAUGAUCUCUAUCAGCGCCACGACGUACUUUUUGCUCGUCGUCACCCUUGUGGCUUUGAUCUUGAUCCUGGUGGAUCACAUCAAAUCGAGAAAGAGGCCAAAGAAGUUGUACGAAGACGAGGAGCCAUCUAUUCUACUGGAUCCCCCGGGACCCAAGCCCUGGCCGAUCAUCGGUUCUCUUCAUAUCUUGGGACGCUACGAUGUGCCUUACAAGGCUUUUGCUGAUCUCGUCAGGAUCUACAACAGCCAGGUGAUCAAACUUAAGAUGGGCUCCCUACCCUGCGUCGUCGUCAAUGGACUGGAGAAUAUCAAGGAAAUCCUGAUCGCUAAGGGCCAUCACUUUGAUUCUCGCCCCAACUUUAUCAGAUAUCAUCUUCUCUUCGGUAACAAAGAGAAUUCUCUGGCGUUCUGCAACUGGUCGGACGUUCAGAAGACGCGAAGAGAGAUGCUGCGAGCGCACACCUUCCCUCGUGCCUUCACCACGCGAUUUAACCAACUGAAUGGCAUCAUCGGUGCCGAGGUAGAGCUAUUGGUCGAUUACCUCAACGGCAUUGCCGGUAAAACCCUUCACGCCAAGCCGCUGAUCAUGCACACAUGCGCGAACGUCUUCCUCAAGUACUUUUGCUCGCGUAGCUUCCCCCUCGGCGACGUUCCUUUCCGCGAGAUGAUCAAGAAUUUCGACAAGGUGUUCUACGAGGUGAACCAAGGCUAUGCCGCGGACUUUAUGCCAUUCCUGAUGCCGCUGCAUCAGAAAAAUAUGACGAGGAUGAUCAAUUGGACUCACGCAGUCAAGCAAUUUAUGGAGAAGUAUGUCGUCGGAGACCGUCUGGCCAACUGGAAGUCGACUAUACCCGAAGAAGAUUACGUGGACUGUCUGCUCAAUCACAUCAAAACUGAUGCCGAACCUAAGAUGUCCUGGGACAUAGCAAUGUUCGCGUUGGAGGACAUCGUAGGAGGUCACUCGGCUGUCGGCAAUCUUCUUGUCAAGAUACUCGGAUACCUGGUCACUCGACCGCACGUGCAGAGAACAGCGCAGAUGGAAAUCGACAGCGUCGAGACUCCGGGCAGAUUUGUCGGUCUGGAAAAUAGGGGAAAGAUGCCAUACACGGAAGCUAUCAUCCUCGAGGCCAUCAGACUGAUCGCCAGUCCGAUCGUACCGCACGUGGCUAAUCAAGACAGUUCCGUGGCCGGUUACAAGAUUGAGAAGGAUACAUUUAUUUUCCUGAACAACUAUGAUCUAAAUAUGUCGGAGGAACUGUGGACAUCUCCUAAGGAGUUCAUGCCAGAGAGAUUCGUGCAGAAUGGUAAACUCUUGAAACCGGAGCACUUCCUACCGUUCGGCGGAGGUCGGAGAUCUUGCAUGGGCUACAAAAUGGUUCAGUACAUCAGCUUCUCAACAAUAGCCACUUUGUUGAAGAAUUUCAACAUAGUGCCGGUAGAGAAGGAGAAUUAUAAGAUUCCUAUCGGCAAUCUGGCGCUUCCAGAAAAGAGUUUCAACUUCCACUUCAAGAGACGGUAGAGUGGGCAGAGGGAAAAGCGAAUCUGGUCGAGUCGAUGAAAUCGGAAUGCGGUUUCGAUUUCUCGUCGAAUAAUCGAAAAUAAGAUUCGACACUUGUCGACUCGAUCACGAGCUGGGCUUCCAAAAACUUCGCCGCCGAUCACAUCAACGAUAAAUCGAAUGCUUAAAUCGAAGAUUCAAAAGACGACAUUCGAUAUCGUCAAACGCUUGAUAGAGGCCUGACGUAAGCGUUUCAUGCGUUUCGGCGGAGUUUUUAUGAAAUAUUGCGAAGACCCAGCAGCUAAAAAGAGGCUUUUGAUUUGAACGAAGCUUUACUGAUGUUAGGGAUAUGGGAAUACGUUAGGUUCGGGAACGAAUAAAAGAUAUUCGAUUUCCGUCGACAGAGCUUUACUGACAUUACUAGAUCGUUAAGAUAGCUAAUUGGAUCGCUCCUCGACUCAUGUUUUAGGCGCAAAAAUGCACGGAGCUCAGUUUCGAUCUUUUUUAAUUAUCUUACUAAAAUUAAAUCUUUAUUAUCUUAAUUAUUUUGUAUUAUAUUAAUUAUCUUAUAUUUUAUAGGAUCUGGAUUUAAAUGGGAGUUAUACGAUUUGAUUUAUUUUGAAAAGUAUUGUAGAUAAGUAGAUAGAUAAUUGAUUUAA